GCCAUCCUCCGCCCCGCCCUCCUCCGGCCAUCGUCCUCCUCCGCCCUGACUUCCUCCGUCGCCCUCCUCCGCUGCUCGCAAUACUCCGCCCUGCCCUCCUCUGGCCGUCGCCUUCCUCCGCCGCUCGGCAUCCUCCGCCGCCCCCUUCUCCUGCAGUCGCCCUCCUCCGCCCGUCGACCUCCGUCUGUCCCGCUGGUCGCCCUCCGUCUGUUGAAAUCCUUUGCAGCCAAGUAUUGGGACAACAAUGUCAGCAUCAGCUGCGGCGAUUCCAACCACUAAUACGAAUGGGAACCAUGCGUUGAGUAUUGAUUCACACUCCAGUCAAGAUGUUAGGCGGCGGACAGUAGUUGCGAAGAAGAAAGCCUCACAUGAGCUCCUUGCUGAUGGUGGAUUCAAUGGUACCUCAUCGGUUGAUAACAUCACUGACAAGAAGGAUCUUAGUCAUACUAUCCGUGGAGAGUCAGUUCUUGUGAAAUCAAAGUGUCUAUCUGAGGCAAGAAAAGAUGCAAUUGCCUUGACAGCUGCUGCUGACCGUCGAAAGAAGAGUGCUGCUAAACAAGAAAGGGCAAAAUUGGAAAUCGCCUUAAGUGUGCUGAUGAAACUUUGCCUUCUUAUUUCAGCCGUCGCUUGGAUGGGACAGCUGUUGUGGAGAUGGCAAAAUGGGGGUUUAUCAUUCACAACACUGGAUAUGGAGAACAGGUUGUCCAAGGUGGAAGGGUUCAAGAAGACGACCAAGAUGCUUCAGGUGCAGCUGGACGUUUUAGAUAAGAAGCUAGGAAAUGAGAUUGACAAAACAAAGAGGGACAUUGCAAAGCAAUUCGAGGACAAGGGUCAUAAGCUUGAGACAAAGAUGAAGGCACUAGAAGGCAAGACCAACAAAUUGGAUAGUUCACUUGCUGAACUCAGGGAUAUGGGUUUUGUUUCUAGGAAAGAAUUUGAUGGGCUUGUUAAUCAGUUGAAGACAAAGAAGGGUUUGGAUGGUACUAUUAGUGAUAUAAGCUUAGAUGAUAUUAGGUUAUUUGCCAAGGAGAUAGUUGAGAUGGAGAUAGAGAGGCAUGCAGCAGAUGGUCUUCAAAUGGUGGAUUAUGCAUUAGCAUCUGGUGGGGGUAAAGUAGUUAAGCAUUCGGAAGCUUUCAGGAAAGGUAACAGCCUUUUCUCUAGUAGUGGAGCAGCAUCACAGAAAAUGCUGGAACCAAGUUUUGGGCAGCCUGGAGAGUGCUUUGCACUACAAGGAAGUAGUGGUUAUGUGGAGAUCAAGCUAAGGACAGGAAUAAUUCCUGAGGCAGUCACUCUAGAGCAUGUUGACAAGAGUGUAGCUUAUGAUCGAUCUAGUGCUCCAAAGGAUUUCCAGGUCAGUGGAUGGUACGAAGGUCCAGAGGAUAACACAGACAAGGAAUCACGUGCAGCUCUAGGAGAGUUUUCUUAUGACCUUGAGAAGAGCAAUGCACAGACCUUCCAACUGGAGAUAACCACGUAUUCGGGAGUUGUCAACAUGGUUCGGCUUGACUUCUCCUCAAACCAGGGAAAUUCAGAACUGACAUGCAUCUAUCGCUUCAGGGUGCAUGGUAAGGAGCCUGUUUCUCCUAAUGCUGCUGCAGUGAAGGCCUGAUCUGAGAGCUGCAUGCCUGGUCGACAACAUCUUCACAGACUUUAGUAUGCCUUGUAAGACAAUGUUUCUAGGCCACUGGAUUGACUGGUAGAAGAUACAAGUGUUAUGCGGCUACGUCUGGCUCAGGUUGAUUUUGUCUGUAUCAUGAAUGAUGCAUUGAAAAUAUGCGGACUCUCAGUUCUAGCUAGAUUGACCUUUUGUAUCUGUCCACUAUGAUUGCUCUUCGGUAUGAUUGUAUUGUAGUUGAUAGCUA